UUUCUUCUUCACUUGGCGUAAUCAUAAGAGUGCUCCGUGCUCUUUAUCUACGGAACUCCAGGAGGGAGACGACUCGAGCAGGUCGAUCGAUCCUUUCCUCAGUCCUCGCCAUGGCGUCGGAGAAAGAUGCGGCGCUCGCCGCCGUGCCCAACGACAACCCCACCAUAUUCGACAAGAUCAUCAAAAAGGAGAUACCUUCCACUGUGGUGUAUGAGGAUGAGAAGGUUCUUGCUUUCAGAGACAUAAAUCCUCAAGCUCCAAUCCACAUCAUAAUCAUUCCCAAAGUCAGGGAUGGAUUAACUGGCCUUUCAAAGGCAGAAGAGAGGCAUGUAGAGAUACUCGGCUCCCUCCUCUAUGUCGCAAAGGUUAUCGCAAAGCAGGAAGGACUUGAGGAUGGCUAUCGUAUUGUCAUCAACGAUGGCCCUAGUGGAUGCCAAUCUGUUUACCAUAUCCAUGUCCAUCUCCUCGGAGGCAGGCAGAUGAACUGGCCACCAGGCUAAGAAGCCCCUGCUUGUAGAUCGGUCUUCAUGGCAAGGAUGUCCGUUGCAUCCCUAUUGAAUAAUUCCUGUAAUCGACAUAACAGUUAGUGCCCUGAACUUGUGAUCUACCUAUGGAAUUGCUGAAAUCAUCCUGGUGUGACGUGGACAUGAAAAUUAAACUUGGAUCAACUGGUCCCUUUAUCAUUGUAUCGUGUUCUUACUAAUAAGUCUGAUAUUUCCUUGUUGGGUA